UCAGAUGACUUUGGAUGUUGAACUUGUUGGUACCACAGUACUUUGGAUCACAUAGCAUACAGAAUGCUAAGUGGGACUUGAUCUCAUCCGUGAUGUUAAGAGUUAACGCAGUUAUCUAUUGUAUUUUUCUUGGUUUCCGUAGUGUACUUUUUCAGUUCUUUUUCCCAAAAAUAGGAUGCUGGACCUGUUCUUGCUUCCUGACGCUAGUGCUGACUUGCUAUGUAUUUGACAUAGUAGCUUAAGUACACAGUUCUAUAGAUUUGAGCUUGUGGCAUGCUGAUUUCACUGUGUCUCUACAAACAUAUGUCAGAGUUCAAGUUGAGAAGAUUAAUGUCUGCAACAACAUCUGUAUGUUACUAAUGCAACAUAUACAAUUCAUAUAGUAUAGCUAUGCUCCAUACAUGUUUCAGCGAUCAAUGGAUAUUUUUUAUCGCUAGUUCAAUGCAGCCUCUACACAAUACAGUGUAAUGAUAGAGAAUAACAAAGUGUGAUUCCCUUCCCUGCCAUUACUUCCUCAGCAGUAAGACAGUGCUUGCCUUCUAUAUGUGGCGUGUUCUGGAGGAAUUCCUUCUUCUUUUGUCAGCUUUUCUUCCCCCUCCCCCCCCCUUUGGGUUUUUUACUUGAGCAAGAUUCUUCUGCUAUGACAUAGUCCCCCUCUGAUCAUCUCUCCUUAACAAGUUUUUCUUACCUCUUGAGUCCCAUUUGAAUGCUGUGGGCCAUAUCUAUGAUUUAGAGCAAUUUUCUGAGAACUUUCAAAGCUGGACAAUAAGUGUAACAGGGCAUGGGUCUUGUUUUGUGGUGAAACUGUGAUUUUGAAAUUGUUACAUUUGUGUCAGUAUAUUGUUUAUUGAGCUGUUAUAUUUUGCUUUUCAGCAGAACUAGCUGAGAAAUGGUGCAGCCAUGCUUUCAAAGUUAGCUUUGUUGGUAUUUGCUUGUGGGUCUAGGCAUGCCCCAAUGCAUGAGGGGCUUUUGGAAGGCUUUUUAGGUUUUGGAGUCUUCAGACCCUGUUUUUAAUACCUGUAGUACUGUGAAGUAGUCUUGUCUACUUCACAGGAACUUUUCUGAUCUCCACAUGCUAGACUUGUGAAGAAGCUGUUCUCAGGUGCUCCUGUUUAAAGGGAUGUAAAUAUUUAAAGAGUAUCGAUUGUCUCUGCUCUGGAAGAAAUCUGAUCCAUUUCUGACAUUGAACGAUGGCAGUUUCAUACAAAGACAUCCCUGGAUACAGCAAUUUAAUAAGAUCAGGAGGAGUUCUCAGUUCCUACCUAGUCAAUUAUCUAGACCAUCAUAAGAGCAAAUGUUUGUUAGGGGCAGUUCCUCUCCUUCUUUUUUCUGUUUCCAUUUUUAUUUAUCUAUAAUAACUUUUUCCAAAGUCUCCAUUUUCUUAUCAUCUUCAAUUAUUUAGUUCUCUGAUUAAUUAAAGUUAGUUUGGUUUUAAGCUAGUUGUAGUUUAAAAUGUGAAAGGAAUAUUGUUGUAAAAACACUUAAAACUUUGAGAAACAAGGUGUAGCAAACUUAUGGCAAUUCAAAGUAUUACUACUCACAGUUAAUCUGCUCAUAGAGCCAAGUUUGCAGUAGGAAACAUGUCUACAUGUCAGCUACUCUGAUUGAGACCAGUUGUUUUCAGCUUAAGCUGCUGAUAAAAAUUGGAGCUAUGAUGACUUGAGCCUUUGAGGUGAAGGCGCUGAGGUGAUGGUGCACAUUAUUUCUGUAAGGCUGUGAUAACCUUUGGAAGAGAUUGGCAUCCUAACAGGGAGGUAAUGGCUUUGAACUAUCACAGUAGAAUUGACUGAAACUUGCCUGUGAAAGGCCUUUAUUAGAACGUUUUUAUUCUACUGUUCUUUGCAGUAGGAUUUCUGUAGCUGAAAUAACUAAGGUGUCUUAAAGUCUGUUUCUUUGUGUAUUUGACUGCGUGACUUGUGUAAGCUUUCCUGUUUUAUAUGUACGAGUGUAUACAAAGUCAUAAGAAUACGCACAGUCAUUUCCUACUGUUCUGUGGAGCAACAUUAGAACAUAGAAUAUUCUAUUUUCUUCUUCCUCUUGCUAGAAGAGCAGAAAGCAAGGUUGUAAAAUGAUGGAAGUGCUGCUUUUUAAUUUAGUGACAAUUACUAGAUUUUAAGUUGUCGUUCCUCAGACCACUCACUAGGAAGCUCAGGUUGCUUGUUAUGGCAUCUUUUCUUCUAGAAGAAACUGACAGUAAAUGAAUAUGCUUAGCAAGUAGGGCAUUCUUUGUUCGCUUUCAAUGUCCUGUCCAGAUCUUUACCUAAAUUGAAAGAUUCCUUAUAAAUGCCUCCUCCCUCAUCCUUUGCUUCCUGUUGGGUUCUUAGGCCUUAUCUGCACUUGAAAUUAGCCCUUGUUUUCAGUCUGUAGACUAAAAACUGCAGAGCUGUAGGAUGUUUUAGCUAGGCAAGCACUAGAAUAUCAUAGCUUGAUAUGUCUUACUGCUAUAACUGGCAGAUUUCCUUAUAUACAAUGGUCUUGCAUUGUUAUUUUGUAUGGUGGUAUUGCUGCCCAGAAAUGUAAAAUGAGGACUAGGUUCUGCUGUAAGUGAAGUGUGAGAGGACGGAAAAGGGAAAAGCACAGUGAGACUAUCAUGAAGCCGAUUGAGCCGACAGACGUUGAAUAGAUAGGCUGCUGCUAAGGAAAUGUUUUGUCUUGAUCACGCAUAGGGGCUAACUAUGUGUUUUAUUUUUGUUUUUUUCUUCUUCGUCUUUUUCUUCUUCUUGUUAGCAGUGGCAAGUCAACAUCUGAGCUUCUGCAGUCUCUCCACCUGUCUCCCUGGGUUGUCCCGGCCUGUCCACACUUGUUUCUGUAGCUUUUGUGGCUCUGGAUGGCUAGUGAAGAGGGAUGUUCAGUCUAAUGGCCAAUUGCUGCAACUGGUUAAAACGGUGGCAGGAACCUGUCAGGUGACCCUAAUCAUGGUGGGUCUUGAUAAUGCUGGCAAAACUGCUACAGUUCGAGGAAUUCAAGGAGAGUCUCCUGAAGACGUAGCUCCGACGGUUGGGUUUUCAAAGAUUGACCUUAAACAGGGACGAUUUGAAGUCACCAUCUUUGAUUUAGGAGGUGGAAAACGAAUUCGAAACAUCUGGAGGAAUUACUACGCAGAAUCCUUUGGUGUGAUAUUUGUUGUGGAUUCCAGUGACGUAGCGAGAAUGGAAGAAACAAAGCAAGCCAUGAUAGAAGUUUUAAACAGCCCUAAGAUAUCGGGGAAACCCAUGUUAGUGCUGGCAAAUAAGCAGGACAGAGAAGGAGCUCUGUCAGAAGCAGAUGUAAUUGAGUCCUUAUCUCUGGAAAAGCUUGUCAAUGAACACAAGUGUCUAUGUCAAAUUGAACCUUGCUCAGCUGUCAUGGGCUGUGGGAAAAAAAUUGAUAAAUCAAUAAAAAAGGGCUUAUAUUGGCUCCUACACAUCAUAGCAAAAGAUUUUGAUGCCUUAAACGAGCGCAUCCAAAGAGACACUACAGAACAAAAAGCAUAUGAAGAACAAAAGAAACAAGAACGAGCUGAGCGAGUGAGACGAAUACGAGAAGAAAGGGAAAGAGAAGAAGGAAGAAGCAUUUCUGAUGAGGCAGACUUUGGCCCUGGGAAUUCUGAAAACCCCUUCCAGCCUAUAGCUACUGUAAUCUCUGAGAAUGAAAAACAAAUUGAAAAGGAAAAGAAGUGGCAAAGGUUGGAGAGUGAAAAGGCCACCACUGUCUUGAAAUCUCAAACAGGGCAGGAACAAAUGGAUGUGCAGCAUUUAUCCACUAGCAGUAGCCAAAAACCAAAUGAUAAUAGACUAGAAACUUGCAAAUCUACACAGGAAUUGCAGCAUGAAGAAGAGAAUGAGCAGCAAGCAUCAGAAUGCCUUGAUUCAGAUAACAGCAAGAAGAAGAAAAAAACAAAAUUAAAAAGGGGCCACCGGGUAGAACCUGUUAAUGCAGAGGAUACUGUUCCCCAAAAUUCUACGCCACCUCCACCUCUUCCACCAGUUGGCUGGGGAACUCCCAAAGUUAAUAGACUUCGAAAACUUGAGCCUCUUGGUGAAACACAUCAUGCUGAUUUCUAUGGAAAACCUCUGCCCCCACUGACUGUACGCCAAAGACCCAACAGUGAUGCCCAUGAUGUCAUUGCUUAACCGGAUCGCAGAUAACAUUUAAAAAAACACGAUCAAGAAAUGUUUUUUGAAACAGUUUUUGCCCUCGAAGGAAAAUUAAUUGCAGUCUAUCAGCUUGUUGCAAAAUAAGAACUUGGUGGCAAUUAAACCUGGAGUUAAUUCCGUCAUACUUAGUUCGUCAGACUUUCUACUUCACUUGUUAGCUACUAUUCACAUUCACCAGCACUUCUUCAAGAUUUAGCAUGAAAGCAAGUAAUGUAUGUAUGUUGAAGGAUGCUCAUAUGAACACGGUACUGAGUAUUUUGGGGGUUUACUUGCUAAAAUGCGUAGCGGUAAACUUGAAGAAAAAUACCUUUGGAUGAUGUAAUAUUGGAAUGUGUGUUCUCAUCAAAUCCUUUCUCCAGGUACUGAGCAAUGAUUGGUAUUUUUGCAGCUAACAAUUAAUUCUAAAGCAUUUUGUAAGAUUCAUGUAUGUUAGAAUGAAUAUAGGAAGGUUAUGCAACAAAUUUUUGACUAUAUUUUUCUAACUUUUUAUAAAAAUAUUUGAAAGUUUGAGUGGACAUCAAUAUCUAUUCUCAAUAAAAUGAAAGCAUUAGGAAGUUGAUAGCCAAAUACAUAUGAAGAGAAUGUUUGACUUUUUUUUCUUUUUCUCCUACAGUAGCAAUACCUCUUGCUAGGAAUUACAUUAGCAGUUUCAUAUUUCAUAUUUCUGGCACCCUGAAGGGGGAAAAGUAGAAAGGAAAGUCAAAGAUAAAUAUGUUUUA